AUGAAGCGUGGUCCCAACAAGCCACUACUCCGAAGUCGACAUACAGAUAAGGAUCAACCUCCAGCUACGACCACAUCCAGUGGAACAGCUUCAGUGUACCCUGAAUGGCCCAGCUUUCAGGCCUACUCAGCAAUUCCACCGCAUGCAUUUCCCCCUACCGUUGCUACAAAUCCACAGGCCCAUCCAUACAUGUGGAAGCCUCAGCCCAUAGUGCCACCUUAUGGGACACCGCCGCCACCACCUUAUGUGAUGUAUCCACCUAGAAUAGUAUAUGCCCACCCCUCUACACCUCCUGCCAUGCAUCCAUUUGGCCAUUAUCCUAUGCCAACAAAUGGGCAUGCUGAAACUCAUGGAGCUGCGCCAAGCGCUCCGGAAAUGAAUGGGAAAAGCGAGCCUGGCAGAACGUCUGCUCCAUCCGCCAACGGGAUUACCUCGCACCGUGAGAGUGGAAGCGAGAGUGAGAGUGAAGGAAGUGACGACAAUUCUCAAAACGACUCACACUCGAAGGACAAUGAUGGGAAGGAAGAUGGCGAUUCUCAGAACGACAUAUCUUAUUCAGCAUCGCAAGGAGUGGUAAACCAAACCAUGGCGAUGCUUCCAAUGCAACCGGGUGCAAUGGUCGGAGGAGUUCCUAGCUCCACGGCAGCUAACCUGAAUAUCAGAGUGGACUACUGGGCAGCUCCGGGUUCUGCGGCUGUCCCCGCAGCGCACGGCAAAGCGCCAGCUGGUUCAACUCGAGGAGACCAAUGGGAUGAAAGGGAGCUCAAGAAGCAGAAGCGGAAGCAGUCCAAUAGAGAGUCCGCUCGCAGAUCCCGGCUGCGCAAACAGAGGGCUUCUGCCUAUACAUUGUCCACCAGACCUGAUGUGUCUGAUUUGGAUUUGACUCAGUUUUCAAUCACACGGUUCAAAUAUCUUUUACUGUUCUCUAGCGAGCAUGACUGGUGCUCUCUUACUAAAACACUUCUGGAUAUUCUUGCCAAGAGAAGCUUGGUCAGCGAGGAAUUAUCAAAGGAAACUAUGGAGAUGCUGGCUGAGAUUCACCUUCUGAAUAGAGCAGUUAAAAGAAAGAAUAGGAGAAUGGUGCAUUUGCUUGUACAGUUUGUUGUACUAUGCCUUGAUAAUUCCAAGGUUUACCCCUUCCUCCCAAACUUUCCUGGCCAUACUCAUAUAUACAAGCAGACAGAACAAGAAACCAGACCAUACUUGUCACUGCAGCUGUUUGGCAGCACUGAGGAGGAUUUUCCACCUAAGAUGGACUCAGUGAAUAGGUACUUAUCUUCUGAGAGUAGCAAUCCUCUAGAUGAGAGAUCUCCUUCAUCCUCUCUGCCUAUAACCCACAAGUUUUUCCCCAUACACUCGUUUGAUGAAGAGGUUCGGCACCCUCAUAUUACAGAUUAUGGGGAAGAUGCUACGAUGGGUGAAGUUAGCACAAAUCAGGCAUGGUUGGCACCAACACUUGAUCUCUUCAAGGAUUCAGAUGUUGUGCUUUUACGAAAACUUGUUGUUUGCAUUAGUAAGAUGAUCAACACUGUCACUUUUGAUAUUUACAGGUAG